UCCUCUUGAGUACAGGGCUGGCAAAGUAUAUGUGAACAUCAUCAUGGUGCUAAGGUUUCUGUGUUUAUUACUGUUGGUCAACCUGUCCAACAAUGCACCAGUGCCUGAACCACAGUCAGCUGAUGAGCAGCAACAGACAAAAGACCCAAUUUUCAGAACUGCCUUGAUAAACCAGAGCUUCAAGGGUUACAAGCUCAUCAGAGCCCUGCCUGAUGAUCAAGAAAAGCUGAAGGUGUUAAGAGCACUUGUUCUUGACCCAUCUUUGGACUUUUGGACAUUCCCUGCAGGGAUCUUGAUCCCAGUAGAUGUGCUGUCACCACCAGAGAACCUGCAGGCUUUGGAGGAAACCUUGAAGAGAAAUGACAUCAGUUACCGGUUCAUCAUGGAAGACCUGGACAACGAGAUCGACCGGACCAUGUCCACCGACAGUGCUCGUUCCCCCAUAGCAGACUUCACCUUUUCCGAGUACCACGGAACCAAGGUGAUUUACCGCCAAUUGGACGACUGGGCCGACCGUUACAAGGACCUCGUAUCCAUUUCUUCCAUUGGGAAAUCAAGCCACGAUCAACAGGACAUACGACUCCUGACCAUCAGUGACCCAUCCAUAGGAUCCGCACAGAAGCCCGCCAUUUUCAUUGAUGGAGGUAUCCAUGCUCGCGAAUGGAUCAGUCCUGCAACUGUAAUGUACAUUGCCCGCCAAUUGCUGUCAGCCAAGGACAAUCCUGACACUCGAUUCCUGCUGGAAUAUUUCGAUUGGCACAUUGUGCCGGUGUUGAACCCCGACGGCUACGACUUCUCGCAUGCUGGCCGACUCAAUCGUUUGUGGCGCAAAAAUCGGUCCAAUGCGCCCUCCACCACCGGCAUAUUUGGUCGUCGAAUCACCUUGCUCACUGACCAGUUGUCCCGUCAUAUUUGUCCUGGCGUCGACCUGAACAGAAACUUCGAAUAUUUUUGGAAAUCCGGUGGCUCGUCAGACUGGGCGUGUAGCGAAGUGUAUGCCGGCCCAGCAGCAGGUUCAGAAUCGGAAACAAAGGCCCUCAGCUCCUAUUUGCUCCUGAACAAGGACAAGUUCAAGAGUUACUUGACAUUCCACUCGUACGGCAGAGCUAUUUUGUUGCCCUGGGGCCACACGACGGACCUUCCUGCCACUUACAACGAGUUGCUGCGAAUGGGCAUGCAAAAAUUUAGUCCUUUGUGCUGGAGGGCAAACCAACUCCUGAGGCAGUCCAUUGUGCAAAUCUGUUACAUCAUACAUGCCAACCUAUUUUACAUCGCCUCCGGCGGCAGUGACGACUUUGCCCACGGCACAGCUGGGAUCCCCUACGCCUACACGAUUGAGUUACCUGACCAGGGUACCCACGGGUUCCUCCUGCCGCCAUCCGAGAUCCCCAAUGUUGGCAAGGAAACUUUUGCUGGAAUCGUGGCCUACGCGGCCGAGCUGGCCAAGACGCUCAAUUUGUCGCAGAAACAACGUGGCGGCGAAGAUGAGACCAGCAAAGACAAAAAGGACGCCGUCAACAGUGUCUUGCCUGCUGAGGUCAUCAAGAUUGGCGUGGAGGUGGCCAGCACCACUUUGGCAUCAGUGGCACAGGUGGAACAGUGA